AUGCAGAAUCCCAACCUGAACCAGCACACCACAGUCAUCGUGGGCACCCAAACUCUGACCAUCAAAAGGCAGCUGCGUGUGGCAGUUAUCGACCAGAGGAGCACCCUGAGGCCAUGGAAAUCCAUCUGGAACUACCAGACAGGUGUGAUUGCCACCAAAGUGACAUCAGAGGGAGUUUGCUACAUUUCCACCAUGGACAGGAAGCUGAUGCCCACCUUUGAUGCUCUGCCCAGACUGGCUGAACAGAACAAGCUCCUGCAGGUUCAAGGAAGACCUUCAAAGGAGGUCAUCUACGUCAUCAAGAGACCCAUCCUCAACCUCCAGUCCUACGGCCAAGAGAUCUCCACCCUGUGCAGAGGCCUCACAACCUACGAGACCUACGAAGUGUAUGGACCCCAAUACACUGUCAACCAGGGAUCCUGCUCCAGACUCGAUGUCCUCCACAUCCUGGACCUUGUCUACUGCCGUGCCAACAACAAGGCCUAA